GCCACUGAUGCAGAUACAGGGAACUACAGUGCCAAUGCGUACCGGCUGAUCAUCCCGCCCACGGCAGACGGUCAGGACAGCUUUGUGAUCGAGCAGUACACAGGCAUCAUCAAGACGGCCAUCAUGUACCACAACAUGCGCAGAUCCUACUUCAAGUUUGAGGUCAUCGCCACCGACGACUACGGAGAGGGUCUGAGCAGCAGCGCCGAUGUGGUGGUGAGUGUCUAGGGUCCUCAAACAACCCAUAUCCCUCUAUGGUUUGAAACACACACACACAUACACAGACACACACAAUGUAAACCUUUAUUUCCUCAAGUGUUUCUCAUUAGGCAAGUGAUAUGAGACUACAAAGUCUGGCAGUUAGUAGUUUGUCCUCCGCUAACUGUGAUCUUAACAGAUGCCAAACAACCUCUGAUGGGUGUAUUAGUGUCAGACAGUAUUCCUCUGAGCUGAUGUAUUCAGUAGGAAGCUACAUGAUGAUGAAGCAUGAUUUAUUUCCUAUCUAGACUCUGUCUAGCUAUCAAUAUAUUACAUUAUUCAGAACAGUAACAGCACACCAGAUGUAUAAUGUUUAUGCCAGUGAACCCCUCUGCUUCGAGCUGAUGAUGCAAUUCAACUAUACAUGGAGUGUGUUUUCCGCUCAUUAUAAUUGCUCUCUUUUUUAAUUUAGUCUUUUUUUAAUUUUGUCUUUUUUUUGCCGCCCUGUGUUUGUGUGUGCAUGUGCGUGUGUGUGUCUUUUUACUUAGACAAUACAUUUAUCAUUUGUUUUCAGUUUUUGGAGCCAGUGUUGCUCCUAAUGUGUAGGGCUAACAAGUCUGCAAUGACACAGAAUGAUUGUAUGGGACGGGUGACAGCAGUGAGUGCUCAACGAUGUUGCUCAUUUUCAAGAGAAAAUGUAAUUUCAUCGAGGCCGUGUGGGAGAUUUGGCCUUAGAGCCAGUGCGCUUACUGCGCCGGCGAAUAUUAGGUGCCAUUAGAUUUGCCACAUGGCACCAAUACAAGCAGGCAAUUCAGUUUCUCGUUUUGGCCACAAGGAGCAUGUUAAGCAUGAAUGGACAACAUUUACAUAUUCUCUCUCUCUCUCUCUCUCUCUCUCUCUCUCUCUCUCUCUCUCUCACACACACACUUUUUCUUCCUCUUACUGCUGCUCUCUCUCUCUCUCUUUUUCCUUCUCGCUCUCUCUCUCUCAGGUGUCUGUGGUCAACCAGCUGGAUAUGCAGGUGGUGGUGUCCAAUGUCCCGCCCACCGUCGUGGAGGAGAAUAAAGAGCAACUUAUUGUGUAAGGCACCAUUCAAUCACUUUCUUUCAGCGUUAUUGUCACAGUGAACAUGCUUGGUUACAUUGAAAACCUAUUAGGUUCCUAAAGGCCCCUGAACACUCAACAGAAACAGGAGAGUGGAGUAAAAAGUAUUACAUCUAUAUAAUAUAAGCAGUGAUUUUGUCUUUUAUUUCCAUUAAAUAACAUUUCCUCUACAGGGGCAUCAUACGUUUUCACUUUUUUUAUUUUCUGAGAAGCACCUAUAGUGGAAUAGCAUAGUGGGAUUGCAUAAAACAUGUUUUCCUGUUGAGUAAGGGGUCUUGGUUCAAGGUGGCACGAUGCAACUUGCAAAUUCUGCUAGUGAAAUUGUUUGUGUUGGAUGAGAGGGUAGUCUCCAACUGUGUUUUGAGACUUCAUGGAACAGAAAAAAAAGUUAUAGCACUUCAGAUGUUCUGGCAUUUUUUAAUUAUCCCUGUGUUGCACAACUUACAGUAGGUCCUCAAUGGCUUCACUAUAUGUUUACUUUCUGUCUCCCUUAACAAAUGAUUAGGCAAUUAAAACCACUGAUUGUCCAGAUAGACAGUCAAAUCUAUCAUUCUCAAUCAGUAAAUUAUUUUAAAACAGCACAGUGUUUUUAGACAGAUAAGAUAAUAAAAUAAGAAGGUCAUAUACAUUAAUUAUUUAAAAAUCUCACAUUAAAUGACACUACCCCUCUAAGAUUGCUCUAUGCUUUGACAACUAAAUAAUGUGUUUAGUUAGUAAUUCUGAUAACAUCUGCAAGGCCUCCCAUUUUCCUUGGUCCUAUUUGAGGCCCAGAACUAUUACCUGGCUACGCUGUUCAUCAGGCGCGGCAAUCGGGUUGGAGAAACUACCCAUUUAGUGGCUGUAAUUUAAAGUGCCGAUUUCGCUCAGCCUGAAAUUGAUUAUGGGAGACCUGUUUUGCCAAGAGCAAAGACAUACAGUGAGGGAAAAAAGUAUUUGAUCCCCUGCUGAUUUUGUAUGUUUGCCCACUGACAAAGAAAUGAUCAGUCUAUAAUUUGAAUGGUAGUUUUAUUUGAACAGUGAGAGACAGAAUAACAACAACAAAAUCCAGAAAAACGCAUGUCAAAAAUGUUAUAAAUUGAUUUGCAUUUUAAUGAGGGAAAUAAGUAUUUGACCCCCUCUCAAUCAGAAAGAUUUCUGGCUCCCAGGUGUCUUUUAUACAGGUAACGAGCUGAGAUUAGGAGCACACUCUUAAAGGGAGUGCUCCUAAUCUCAGUUUGUUACCUGUAUAAAAGACACCUGUCCACAGAAGCAAUCAAUCAAUCAGAUUCCAAACCCUCCACCAUAGCCAAGACCAAAGAGCUCUCCAAGGAUUUCAGGGACAAGAUUGUAGACCUACACAAGGCUGGAAUGGGCUACAAGACCAUCGCCAAGCAACUUGGUGAGAAGGUGACAACAGUUGGUGCGAUUAUUCGCAAAUGGAAGAACCACAAAAUAACUGUCAAUCUCCCUCGGCCUGGGGCUCCAUGCAAGAUCUCACCUCGUGGAGUUGCAAUGAUCAUGAGAACGGUGAGGAAUCAGCCCAGAACUACACGGGAGGAUCUUGUCAAUGAUCUCAAGGCAGCUGGGACCAUAGUCACCAAGAAAAUAAUUAGUAACACACUACGCCGUGAAGGACUGAAAUCCUGCAGCGCCCGCAAGGUCCCCCUGCUCAAGAAAGAACAUAUACAGGCCCAUCUGAAGUUUGCCAAUGAACAUCUGAAUGAUUCAGAGGAGAACUGGGUGAAAGUGUUGUGGUCAGAUGAGACCAAAAUCGAGCUCUUUGGCAUCAACUCAACUCGCCGUGUUUGGAGGAGGAGGAAUGUUGCCUAUGACCCCAAGAACACCAUCCCCACCGUCAAACAUGGAGGUGGAAACAUUAUGCUUUGGGGGUGUUUUUCUGCUAAGGGGACAGGACAACUUCACCGCAUCAAAGGGACGAUGGACGGGGCCAUGUACCGUCAAAUCUUGGUUGAGAACCUCCUUCCCUCAGCCAGGGCAUUGAAAAUGGGUCGUGGAUGGGUAUUCCAGCAUGACAAUGACCCAAACCACACGGCCAAGGCAACAAAGAGUGGCUCAAGAAGAAGCACAUUAAGGUCCUGGAGUGGCCUAGCCAGUCUCCAGACCUUAAUCCCAUAGAAAAUCUGUGGAGGGAGUUGAAGGUUUGAGUUGCCAAACGUCAGGCUCGAAACCUUAAUGACUUGGAGAAGAUCUGCAAAGAGGAGUGGGACAAAAUCCCUCAUGAGAUGUGUGCAAACCUGGUGGCCAACUACAAGAAACGUCUGACCUCUGUGAUUGCCAACAAGGGUUUUGCCACCAAGUACUAAGUCAUGUUUUGCAGAGGGGUCAAAUACUUAUUUCCCUCAUUAAAAUGCAAAUCAAUUUAUAACAUUUUUGACAUGUGUUUUUCUAGAUUUUUGUUGUUGUUAUUCUGUCUCUCACUGUUCAAAUAAGCCUACCAUUCAAAUUAUAGACUGAUCAUGUCUUUGUCAGUGGGCAAACGUACAAAAUCAGCAGGGGAUCAAAUACUUUUUUCCCUCACUGUACUGACGUCCGUUUUACAACCAUUCAAACUAGUGAAAUCCCAACCAGCGAAAUUCUUAAAAGCAUGGCCUCAAACAGAUAUGGUCACACACAAGUAAGUUGUAAAAUAUGUUUCAGCAUUAUAAAGUCAAUGUCAUAAUUUGUAAAGGGUGACAACACAUGAAGGUGAAGUGAACCAGCGCAACCACUACUAACGUUUGAUCAGCACAUUGUACCACACAGUAUGACAGAAGUAUAUGAAUGAUUCAUAAAACCUUCACAUCAUUGUAAAGAUGGCUGAAAAAAUAUGAAGGUAGUUAUAUGUAAUGCUUCAGCUAUACCUGCACUGUUAAACCUUUCCUGUUAACGUACAUCAUUAUACUGGCACCAGAGUUGCCAGCUCAAUACAGUGAUUUUGCUUUACAGUAGAGAUGCUGUAAUACAUUUACAGUACUAUUUUCCAUACUGUAAAACAUAUUACAGCAUCCCUACCGUACAUUUACAGCAGGGAUGAUGUAAUGAUACAACACCAAUUAUUAACUGGGUGAUUUUUUUCUAGGUCGCACAGGAAGAUAUUUAGAGCAGACUGAAAUGGCUUGUGUCAACUUGAGCUAGCUAAGAAAGCAUGCCGUAAUUCAAUGUUGGCUAGCAAUAAAGAUACUUAUAAACAAGUCAAGGUACCUAACCAGCAGCUGCUGAAAAUAUUAUUCCACUUCAUAGCAGCUUCAAGAAGAUAUUUAUUAAAAUAUUCUGAGCUUCAUGUGUCUCACCCGACAGCAUGAGGUUGGCCCUGAAACGGAUCAUUUGAAUCUACAGUAAGCAUAAGCUGUAAACUCCCGAGUGGCGCAGUGGUCUAAGGCACUGCAUCGCAGUGCUAGAGGUGUCACUACAGACCCAGGUUUGAUCCCGGGCUGUAUCACAACCGGCCGUGAUCGGGAGUCCCAUAGGGUGGCGCACAAUUGGCCCAGCGUCGUCCAGGUUAGGGGAGGGUUUGGCCGGGGGGGCUUACUUGGCGUAUCGCGCUCUAGUGACUUCUUGUGGUGGACCGGGUGCCUGCAGGCUGACCUUGGUCGUCAGUGUUUCCUCCGACACAUUGUUGCGGCUGGCUUCCGAGUUAAGCGGGCGGGUGUUAAGAAGCGUGGUUAGGCGGGUCAUGUUUUGGAGGAUGCAUGACUCGACCUUCGCCUCCCGAGCCAGUUGGGGAGUUGCAGCGAUGAGACAAGAUUGAAAUUGGGGAGAAAAAUGGGGUAAAAAAUUAUAAAUAAAAGGAUUUACAGUGUUUUACUGUUGAAAUGUACAGAAAAGUCUUACAGUGUGGUACUAUACUUUAUUUUAAAUAUGAACAGACCACAAUGGUUUUGUCUCCCAAACAUCAGUAUUAUGGAGCGAUACGUCCAGGACCAGAUCCCAGGGGCCAAGGUGGUGGUAGAGUCAAUCGGGCCACAGCGGUUCGGAGAUGGCUUUGACCAGGAGGACUACACCAAGUCAGACCUGAUGGUGUAUGCCAUUGAUCCACUGACCAACAGGGCCAUCUCACGCCAGGAGCUCUUUAAGUGA